AUGGAAAGAGCAAUAACAUCACUUAGUCAAAAUCUGAAAAUGCUAAGGUCAGAAUUAGAAGAUGAAAUGAAAGGAUACAAAAAUAAAUUUGGGAAAGAGAAAAUAAAUCUAGGCUCCACUGUACGAGAAUUACAACAGCAAAUUAAAGCUAAAAAGUUUGUUCUAGAACAAUUAGUCACUUCAGCUAAAACUAAACUAAGAAGCAGCAGCAAGUUCUCCAAAGCUAAACGUCAAGAACGAGAACAAAAACUAGAAGCUUUCUUUAAAAAUCUUCCUGCUACUCAGGAUGAAGUUAUUGAAAAUUUAGAAAAUAUAAGAAAGGAUUUGAGUAAAAAACUAACUGAGCAAGAAAUCAAUGAUCUUUGCCAAACCCAAAAUAAAUUAACUGAAUUACAAAAAGAGCUAGAAAACUUACAAAGCAAAGAGAAACAGCUUCAAGCCCAAAUUGCUAAGAAAAUCAUCUAUCAAGUUAAACCUCGUAUUUUAAAAGAACUUCCUAAAUACUCACUCAAUCCUGAUGAACAAUCAGCUAAUUUAGUCAUUGAAGGCGACAACUUACAGGCCUUAGCCUCACUUUCUAAGUAUAGAAAUAAAGUUGAUUUAAUUCUAACUGAUCCUCCUUAUAAUACCGGCAAAGAUUUUCGUUAUAUUUAUGUUACCCCGCUUAAUAGUGAUGAGAGGAAUGCUAAAAAACAGUGGGGUUUUGGCGAUUUUUUGGUAUAUGGAAUUCAAAAUCCUUUUACUGGAGAAAUCCAGUACCCGCCGCCAAGGAGUCAUUGGCGGCGGGGCAAAAGCCGAGUGAAAUCCGUUUUAGAGCAAUGGGGCUCUGAGUAUGAAGAAAGAGAUUUGGGAGAUGAUCGUGUCUCAGCAUUAGUGAUUAAAGGAAGUCAAGCUCCUUAUCCAGAAAACACUGAUCCGCUAGAAAUUGAUCCAGGAAGACUAGCCGCAAAACAAUAUCUUAAAGACGUACAAAAGAAAGUGUCAGGUCAUUCACAAACCGGAAGCUCAGAGUUAAAGUCUCGAGUAAAAACAGUUGAAAAAUUCAUUGGUAGCGGAACUGCUGGCGAAAGCAUUUUACAACUUAAUAAAAUUGCUAGCACUAAUCGUCGUUUCAUCCUCAUCGAAAAAGGAAAUCCUAAUAAUGGGGAUAAUUUUUGUCGUGACUUACUUUACCCUCGCCUCAAAGCCACCAUCACCGGUCAAUGA